CAGAACUAAAGCCACUGAUAAACGAUAUCACGACAAGGAGGGGAGAAGGGGAUAUAAAUUAUUUUUGUACAUUUGUAGUUCUAUCCCACUCCUUUUCGAAGGAGAUUCGGUAGAAUUUUGCAUAACUUUGUUGUCAUGACUCAUGACCAAUGAAUACAACAACUCCAUAGACAUGCUGAAUUCUAAGCUUUGAACCAUGAGGAGAAUCUGAGCAUGAUCCAGAGGAUAAAUCUUUUUUUACCUUUAAGUUUGUCUCUCCAUCCAAGUGUACAAGAAGCACCAUCCUCCAUCUCUUACAAUGAAGUAUGGAGACUGGAAAAGAUUGGCAAGGAAGGAGCUUUUCAUCGACGUUUGAGCAAGGAAAGAGUCAACACAGUGAAAGAUUUUCUGACUCUCCUCUAUCUAGAUCCUACAAUGCUUCGGAAUGUUCUUGGGACAGGUAUGUCCACCAAAAUGUGGGAAGUCACGGUGAACAUGCUCGAACGUGCUUACUUGAUAAGAAAGUGUACUUGUACUACUCAUCUGGAUCUCAUCUGGAUAUGUACUAAAAAACUGGCGUGGUUUUUAACAUCGUUGGACAAGUGAUGGGGCUUCUUCCAGACUGUCAGUUUGUUUCUGCUGAUAAGUUGUCCGAAACUCAAAAAGGCAUGUACCUUUAAUAAAUAAGAAUAUUUUGUUUAUUGCUCUUUUUGUUUCUUCGCCUACCAAGGUUUGUAUUUUUUGAUAUAUUUAGAGUUGCCAUUGCUCCUAAUAGAUUACGCAAUGACUCCCAUUCCUUUUUCUUUUGAGGAUGAUGCUCGUAAUUUGGUGAUUUGUGCAUUCAGACACUGGGAAGAAGUAGUCUCUUUUGAGGAUGAGUCCUCUCUUAUGGAUUGGGUUAUGCAAAUUUCCGCGGUUCAAUUCUCCUCAAACUCAUCCACGGUGGGCCAUUCAGAUGCCAAUGACAAUGUUUUAACUUCCCAGAAGGUUAGCAGAACCGACUAUCAGCAUUUAAGUGCUAUCAACACCUGAUAUCAUGCCAUCCUUCUGUUCAAUUGGUGGUUUCAGCAGCUUGGAUGAUUUUGUCUUGCAUGGUAUGGACAACAUGGAUGUUAGGUUUGACCAACCGUUAAAUUUUCCCAGCCAAGACACCGACUCCUUGAUGGCUAAUACUGAUUCUAUAACUCCACCAUUUUGUGAGGGUGAUCAAUGCUGAGGCAAAAGAAUCUGUAGGUAAUUGCUGCCCGGUGCAAAAUUGUGUGCAGUAGUAGAGUCAGAUAAAUUUCUUGUACCUGAAAUUGUUCAGGUAGCGCCAAUCAUCUUGUCCAGUUUCAUUGUACAAAAUUCACGACCCUUUUUCUGUUCCUAUUUUUUUUUGGAAAUCACAACUUUUUGAGUCUUGUGAAUGGGUACACAGUCCUUGGCGCUGGUCUGAUGAAAAGUUUGUACAUAUAUUAGAUCGAUGUGUAGUGACAGCUGCAUCUUGAUUUUGCCAUCCUGAAGGCAAAUAAGUUUUUUCUUGCACACA